AUGGCAAAUAUAAAUCCUCGUGUUAUUAAAGUUGAGUAUGCUGUUCGAGGUCCUAUUGUUAUUCGUGCUGGUGAAAUUGAAAAACAAAUAAAAGAAGGUCAACAUAAUUUUCCAUUCGAUCGUGUUAUUCGAGCUAAUAUUGGUGAUUGUCAUGCUAGUGGUAAUCAAGUACCUGUUACAUAUAUUCGUCAAUUUCUUGCUGGUUGUACGUAUCCACCGUUGAUAGAUUCGUCAGAUUUUCCAUCAGAUAUUAAACAAAAAGUUCAACGUUUAUUAUCUGUAUGUGGUGGAAAAAGUCUUGGAUCAUAUACAGAAAGUCAAGGAUUAAUAACAGUACGAGAAGAUAUUGCAAAAUAUAUACAAGAACGUGAUGGUUACCCAUCAAAUCCAAGUGAUAUUUAUCUUUGUAAUGGAGCUUCAGAUGGAAUUAAAACAGUAAUUAAACUUCUUAUGAAUAAUGAUCCAAAAAAACCAUCAGGAAUUAUGAUACCUGUUCCACAAUAUCCAUUAUAUAGUGCUACUUUAUCUGAAUAUGGUGCUCAUCAAAUUGAAUAUUAUCUUGAUGAAGAUAAUAAUUGGGCAUUGAAUAUAGAUGAAUUAGAACGAGCAUUAAAUCAAUCUAAAGAACAUUGCGUACCACGUGGUAUUGUUAUCAUCAAUCCUGGAAAUCCUACAGGUCAAGUUCUAUCUCGUGAAAAUAUUGAAAAUAUAGUUCGUUUUGCUGAAAAACAUCGAUUAUUUAUAUUGGCUGAUGAAGUCUAUCAAGAAAAUACUUAUUUACCAGGUUCAAAAUUUUUUUCAUUUAAAAAAGUUUUAAUGGAUCUGGGUGCACCAUAUAAUCAUAUGGAAAUGGCUUCAUUCCAUUCAGCAUCAAAAGCAUCAAAAGGUUGGCAUGGCGAAUGUGGUUCUCGUGGUGGUUAUUAUGAAUUAAUUAAUAUUGAUAAAGAUGUACGAAUGCAAGUAAAUAAAUUAAUAUCUGCAUCAUUAUGUAGUGCAGCUUGGGGUCAAGCUAUGAUGGGAGCAAUUAUAAAUCCACCAAAAGAAGGUGAACUAUCAUAUGAAUUAUAUAAAAAAGAACGUUCCGAUAUUGUUAGUCGAUUAAAACAAAAAGCCGAUCUUGUUAGUCAAUUAUUUAAUUCUGUUGAAGGUGUACGAUGUAAUGCUGUCAUGGGUGCUAUGUAUGCAUUUCCACGUAUUGAAAUACCUGAAAAAGCAAUUCAACAUGCUAAAUCUAAAAAUAUGGCACCUGAUGCAUUCUAUUGUUUUCAAUUUCUUGAAAAAACUGGUGUAUGUGUUGUACCUGGUAGUGGUUUUAAACAAAAACCAGGUACCCAUCAUUUACGUACAACAAUUUUACCACCAGUUGAUCAGAUGAAAGUUAUGGUGGAAAAAUUUCGAAAAUUUCAUAUGGAAUUUUUGCGAGAAUGGAAAUAA